AAUUAAAGGGAAAGAGGAAAUUUUCUGUAAGUAUUAAAAUUCUCAAAAAAAACAUUUCCAUCUUCGGCGAAGCAUCCUCCGGCGACUCAAGAAAUGAUUAAUAUCGCGAGCAGUAUCGGCGUGAUAUCCCCGUCGGCGCCGGCGCCGGCGGCCGCUCGUCCCGCCUGUUCUAUGCCGGUAUUCUCAAGUGCUGAUACCAAAUCGUCCUAUUCCUUGUCCACUGUUUCUUUGUCGUCAGUUGUUGUUAAUCCUUUCAACUGCUCGAUCAGAAGAGGGAGAAGAAUCUGUAGCGAGGUUACAGUCAGAUCAGAUUCCGGAACUUCGUCUUCAGCUACGGCUGUUUCGGCGGCGACGACGUCGUUGUCGGCGGAGGAGACGGACGAAGCGGCCGCCGCUAGAAUUGGAGCCAGAGUUAGGGUUACGGUGCCAUUGAAGGUUUAUCAUGUAGCUAAGUUACCGGAGGUGGAUAUUAAUGGGAUGGAAGGAGUGGUGAAGGACUACGUGCGCGUUUGGAAGGGGAAGCGCGUGUCUGCUAAUCUUCCGUAUAAGGUGGAGUUUGUUGUUCCGGUUGAAGGCCGUCCGCCGGUGAAGUUCUUAGCGCAUCUCAGGGAGGAAGAAUUUGAAUACAUUUAAUCAGGCUUGUCAUUACUGAUCUUCUUCAUUCUAUUGAAUCAUCAGACCAAGGCAAUUACUGUUUUCCCGAUCUCAGUAUUAAUACCAAGCUCCCUUGUGCAGUAUUAUUAUCAACCUUUUUAAGGUCUGCUCUUCUUCUAUUUACAUCAUUUACUCUUACCUUUGUAAUGUAGAGAAUUGCUCGAGGGUUUUUCUUUUGAGCUAAUUAACUUUCUCGAUUAUCGAUGUGGCUCUGUAUAAUAAACGAAUCAAGAGAGGUAAAUUUAGUCAUCUAAUACAUGUCGAAUCAGAAGAUUCCAAAAUUGGUUACUCUUCCA